ACGAUGGCUUGCGACGACUGAUGGCGCGGACGGGGACUGAUUUACGGGUGUGCUGCUUCUGUGUACAUGGGUUCAUGAGACACCAGACAGGCAAGACGCCUCGAUGCGCAAGCCACUCCUCUCGUCGAGCGUGCCCGUGUCGCUGCUAUCACAGUGCUCCCUGCAGAUGUUCAAUGCCUGGAAUCGCACAAAACCGAGCGCAGUCCAGAUUGUAGGCCAUUCCCAUGCGACGCAUUGCACCGCCCAUACGGACAGUGUUUCUCCGGUAUUAACAACGCAAACGAACGGUUGCUACCAUCGACCCGAAGGGACGGAGGCAACUGACCUCCGUCGCCGACAACAGAUAUUCCCAAUGAGACAUAUUAGCUCCCGGAGCCUGAGCCUGAGCCUGGUCCCUUUGGUCCCUUCGCUUUCCCUCAAUCAAUCGAGUGUGCGUGCUCAUCGGGCCGACGAUCGUGUCUCUCUUUUCCGGCUGCACCGCCCGCCGCCGCUUGCAAACUCCGUCGCUUCAAACUCGAGUAGUACUGUGAUUUCUCCUCGCCGCAUGCGCAUACAUGUGCACGUACGUGGAGUGCCAUAAGAGCAGCAAGGUACGGCAAAUCGUUGGCAGCAGCUAAUAAAGCUCUAAAUCUGCGCUUGAC